UCCUGAUUACAAUUAAACCUUUAAAUUUUCUCGUAAAUUAAUUAUUAUUGAUAAAUGAUGAGAAGAUAAAUGUUCUUAAUCUGCCACGUCACACUGGGCGACGUUGAAAACAUUUUAUCACUGUUUUACAAGAUGUCUAUCGAUAAGUGACAUCACAAGUCCGUCUGUAUUUUCCUAUAAAUUAGCUCGAGAAUUCGAUUUCGUCACAAUUAAAAUUCUGCAUCGAAGUCGCAAACUUCUGCAAAAAAAUGUCGCGAAAGUGCGGUAUUGGUUCCAGAACGGGAUGCUUAACUUCGGCAGUAAUUACUAUCAUUACUAGGAUUUUUGGUAUAUUGUUCUUUGUUUUGAUCGCCUGGAAAGACAAAGCUGGACUAUAUGACGAGGAAUGCAAAAGAAAUGAUGGAUUUUAUGAUACUGUUCUUCGAAGAGGUUACUGCUACUUUCUACUAGUUUCGAGCUUGAUUUGUAUCAUCGUGAGUCUUAUUAUGAUCUUCGGUGUAAAAAGGGAGAAAAGAGUACAUUUACUUCCCUGGAUAACUUGGAUACUCUUCGAGCUUAUUUGCUACUUGAGUGCCAUUCUUGCAUUCUCCAUCAGUUUUUUCAAGAAUGCCAUAAGCGAGUUGUAUAUGUCUGAAGUGUUUCCAUUUGUUAUAGGAUAUCUUAUCAUUGAUAUUUACUUAAUGGUGUAUGUUCUUUCAUAUUACAACAGCUUUGAAGUUAAACCAAUAAUUCCUUAUUACAAAUAUGGAAACGAACCUAAUAUUUUGAGAUAUUAAUGUCAUUAAACAUGAGGCAACAAAGGCUUUAUAUUCGUAAAUCUCAAGUAAUGAAGCUCAUCCCAUGAACUGUUUUUUAUUAUAUUUAUUUAUAUUAUAUUAUUUUUUAU